AUGAGUGAGACAAAAGCUUGCUAUGGGUUAUGGGAUCUCCCAAAACUUAAGAGGGAGUUAAGAGCCAGGGGAGCACGGAUAUCAGGCAGAAAGAAUGAGUUGAUUGAAAGACUUGAAGCAUAUGAUAGAAACAAUGACUUUGGUAGAGAGGAGUUAGAGCCUGAGUUCUGCAUGAAUGUGCCAAGUCUUGAGUGUUACAACAACGACACAGUUUUCACAGAGUUUAGGUUAGAAGCUAUUGAAUCAUACCUUCUUCAAAUGCAAAAGACUGUUGACAACAAAAAUGGCUGUGUGUUAGAGGGCCAGUGUGAAUGUGCGGCAGGUAUGGGACCCCAAGCUCAUUGCAAGCAUGUGUGUGCAGUUCUAUAUGCAUGUUAUAAAUUUUCCAUAUUUAAAGAAUUGUUGACAGAAGAAACAUGCACUAAGAAGCUUCAGACAUUUCAUAAAAGUAAGCCCUAUUAUGGCAGCCCAAUUAAAGCUCAAAACCUUCCAUUUGCAAAUGAAAACCUCACAGUUAACUAUGACCCAAGACCACAACAGUAUAGGAAUGUUACCAGCUACAGUGAUCACUUCAGGUCUGUAUGGUUGAAUCAUACUAAAGUAAAUGUCUAUCCAGUGUCACAGAUAUUCAAACCUGCAAAUCCAUAUGCAUUAGACAGUGAUCAUGACUAUUCUGAAAUUAAGAUAUCUGACAAGUGGCUGCAAGACAUGUGCAUAACAAAGAUAAAUAAUGAUCAAAUCAAAGAGAUUGAACAUAAUACAAGAGGUCAAACUGCAAACAAGAAUACAUUCAUCCAACUUUGGGAGAGUUUGUAG